AUGUUUUACUUUGUCGAAGUAAUUCUAACGAAGUUUGUGUUUUCUGCUGCAGCCUUGGCAGAUUUUAGUGGACAAACAGUCAAGGAGUUACAUAAAGCAGAAAUGACCGUCAAGAAAUCAAACCAAUCUGUGACAUUUACUGAACACACAACGCCUCCUCUGCCGCCAGGAUGGGAAGACUUCUGUACGGAGAAAAAUCUCAACACUAAUGUACUAGCUUUUAAGUGCAACAUCGACACCUCAAAUUCGGGACGCUGGAAUUUUGAAGUGCUGAGGGACUUCAUUAUGUAUCGCCGUAUGAAAUAUAAAUUUGACGUAGAAUGUUUGAACGGAGCCAAAAUAUCACUCAUCUGGCCAGCCAAGGCAAAAAACCUCAAAGGAAUGAAGGUGUAUAAUUGUAUCAUCGAGGACUUUUACAAUGAUUGUAUGGAUCAAGUAGUGACGUCAUUUCCGGAUGAGAUAGAGUUCAUGAACUUAACAAAUGUAGUGAUAAUGGCAGAUAUUUUCGAUGUCCUUCAUUUGGGUAGGACUAUAGCAAACGUCACACAGGAUUGUCAUUGUGGAAAUGAUGAAAGUGUUAUAACACGAAUUCAAAGCAAUGUCACAUACAACUUCGGCGACUCCCUCUCGCGGUACUACAGUUUGGUUGGACAAGAUGAGGACAAUUACAACAUCAGCAAAGACCCCGUCCUCAGAGAGGGUCAGAAGAUGCAUAACGACAUGCUUAAAAUAGAACAUAUUUGUAACUACCAGAAAAUGCAAAUAUAUGAUUACAGUAUAAAUCCACACCCUGGUAAAUUUUAUAUUAACAUUAAGACGGAGAGAUCUCGGUACCCGGUGCUGAAGAUGUUGAAUUUUUCUUACACAGACAUGAGUUCAAUUUCGGAUCUGUUUGAUAAAUUAGAUGAAUACUUUCCCAAACUAGAAUCGCUGGAUCUUUCCCACUGCAAUAUACAAACAGUUGAUAUUCGCGAUGAUAAUAGAGUUUCUCUGUGGAAUGGGACUGUAUUGAAGGUUAAUAUUACCCACAACAACAUCACGGAAUUACAAGUCGAUUCCCUAGAACGAUUAAUUCACAAACAAAAUCUAUUCAUAAACUUCAGUCACAAUCCGCUAAAUUGUUCAUGUACCGAAGACAUGAAAGAACUAAUCAUCUUUGUGGAGGACAGCAGGAAGUGGAGCAGACCAGAAUAUCUGCCUUAUAAUUUUAUAAGAGAAAUGAAAUGUGCUUAUCCAAAACAUUUGAACAGAACGCGCCUGAAAGAUCUACAGGAAAGUCAUCUUAUGUGUGAAAGUGACUUGGCUUUGACAAAAACCGUUCUUGUAGAAGCAAUAGUUCCUCUUAGUAUAUUCGCUGCCGUCCUUCUUGGAAUUAUUGUUGUUUUUGUGAGGUUUCGACGAGAAAUUCAGAUUUUAAUGUACACAAGGCAUAACAUUUUACUGUCUUGUCAACAAGACGAGACAAGUGAAGACAAAACUUUUGAUGCUUUUGUCUCUUAUAGCAACGAAGACCAUGAAUGGGUCAAGCGUGUGUUCGAAGAAGAUUCCGUUGAAGGUCUGAAAAAUUUUAAAUUUUGUCUACACCAUAGGGACUUCAUGGCGGGUAAAACAAUAACUGAAAAUAUCAUAAAUAGUAUUGAAAGCAGCAGACAUACAAUUGUAAUUGUGUCGAAGAAUUUUUUAGAUAGUAGUUACUGUCUUUAUGAAUUUGAGGAAGCUCUUCGACAGAGUAUCAAUGAAAAGACACGCCAUCUAGUGGUGGUUAUGUUUGAAGAGAUAUCAGUGAAUGAAAUGCCAAAGGUGUUACAAAUUUGUUUAAAAACGUUCACUUAUAUCAGAAAAGACGACGCAAUCUUUCUUGAUAGAUUAGUAUAUUCGUUGUCUUGCAAGCACCGACAGAAAAAGAAUGAUAUUGCUUGA